CCACAACACCACAGUCCACAGUCCACAACCCUGAACCCUGCAACUAACGUCGUAAUGGCGGGCGUAUUCCCUGUACCUGUCAAAACAACUGGCAGAAAACAAUGGACAAUAUACAAUGGUGGAAAAGGAAUCAAACGUCUGGGGAGCCCCCUCAUGGAUGACUGGUGUCCUGACUCCCAGGUAGUAUUGGCGAAGAAACUCUUGGACGAAAAAUGUGAUCUAGAUGUGGACCAAGAAGAGAAUGCUAGGCUGGGUGUUUACUGGCUGAUCAAGGCAUCAGAGCAGGGACAUGAGGAGGCAACCCAACUACUCAGUCACUGCUUGGAGACAGGACAAGGCAUCUGUGAACAAAACUAUGUAGAUGUCAGAGCGUGUCUAGAUAUGCCUCAGGAAGAGAAACUUGCCCGAUGUGCUGCGCGAAAAGUGUUUGAGGGCAUGUCAGCUGGUGAAGAUUUUAUCACAAGCUCUCAACUUCAGGAUAGAAUGCUACAUUUGGAUGAGCAAAAAGAACUCAGGGAUGAUGAACAACCAUCAACUUCCAAAAAUGAAGAGAAUGCUGACUGGAAGAGUCGCAGCGAAGGAGGUGAGAAGCUGACAGAAGACAUGUUGAUAUCAGCUGCUUCUACGUAUGCCCGGGGGGAGCUGCCACUAGUGACAGCUGUGCUGAGUUUGCAGCCGUCUCGCUCAGUGUCAGGCCCGUGCAGUGCACUCCAUGCUGUACUGCUGCAUCCCUUUACUGUAGCCGUAGCCUCGUACAACCACAUUGUAAAGGCCCUUGGAACCCACAGCAUCGGGUGGUACAUGCCUAUGUCUUGGUCUCAAGUAAAGCUGGUGCUAGCUGUGCUGUUGUUUCUACACCUGGGGCUAGACACUGCCAUAGCUGCAUUACCAUCAGUGCUGUACUAUGGCUCACUCACAGUCAUGGUAGUGGCUACUUGUCAGGUGCUUACCAAAAGACACGAUAUGCAUCAUUUUAGAAGAUGGUCGAGCCUGUUCCUGGCCUACUCUGAAGGUAACGUCAAUGCUGGGCAGGCAGAGUAUCAGUACUGUCGCAACAACCUGCGUCCCUACAUCUGGUUUUUCCUUGGACUUUUGGCUCACUUGUUACUUUACCCAAUGUUGAGGCAGACCAUCCCUCAGUCUGAACUGUCUGUCCUGGCCUUUAUCUUCACCUGCCUCACUCUCUACAAUUUUACAUUGACAGGUCGAAGGUCCCCGGACUGGCUGGGUCUGUUCUCGUUCGCUGUGCAUGUCUUGGCCAAGUACCCUUAUGAGACGGAUGCUGUUGUCAGCCAGGGCUGGAGGUUCUUAGAUGUGCAUGUUCCUACUUUUGCUUCUUAUGUGGUUGGUAAUGGAGUUGAGUUUUGCCUUAACUUCCGAGCUCUGUUUUACCUGGUGAUCCCCGCAGUUCUUGUCAAGAUGGCCGCCAGAGAUAACUGGCGAGGGUGUUACACCGCACUGGUCCCUCACUGCCUCGCACUCUCCUGGUGGCAAAUUGCUCUCACUGCAUCUGAAGGUGCUACGUGGUACGGAUUGAUCCGCAGCGCAUUGGCCUUGGCUGGUCUUGUGCUGUUCCUUCCCCUGGCCGGUCUGGCUACAGUGUUACUCCCCCUGGCUGCUGCUAGCAAGGUACUCGUGGAGUCUCAUGAACUAUUGAGGCUGAAGACUGCUUCAUUUCUAGCUCUGGUCCCGCUGUUACUUUCACUGUAUGUGGGUAGACUCAAGAUUCUGUACACCCGUGCAGCAACUUUCUUCUCAUGGCUUCAGGUGAUGUUGUCAGCCAUUGCUGUUGUGUUGUUGGUGUGGCCAGCUCUGCAAGGGGAGGAUGGUGGAGAAGCUGGUAGCAUUGCAUCAUCUCUCUCGUGGGAUCAGUUUCAAACUUUCUGUCCGAAUGUUGAUGUCGAAACACAGACAGCUCUCAAUGCUCACCUACAAUGUUCACAGUUGGUGGGUGCUCCUGUGAACUGGGAGGGCCGUGUGGUGGGUGUGAGACUGGUAAGAGUCAGCAACCCCCUGGCACAUGUCAUCAGCAGACUGCCACUGGGUAUGAGGAGUGGACUGACCUGUCUGCUAGGACUGCCAUACCACGCUUGUGAGGAGGAUCAGUACUGCUCUCUACCCUCAGGUCUAAUAGACAAAUGCCAUCUAGCCAACUGGGACAGGUAUGAGCUCGAAGUGGACAUAUCCAUGAGCACGGCUGCCCUGUGGCGCCGGGGAGACUCCCAGGUGACUCUAGUUGCAGAUCACACCUUCCUCAACUUCACCAGAGCUCUGAGUCCUGGGGAUCGUCUGUGGUUCUCUGGUCUGCUGAGUGGAGACGACUCUGGUCUGCUGUCUCGUACACAUCCACAAGUGACUCUGAUACAACUUGGAUGUCUCUCAUGCCAUGACUCCUCCCUCUCUACAACCAGCAAAACACAUCUACUGGCGUUCUCUCUUCGUGAUGUCUACUCGGGCCUCAAGACAGUAUUAAACUUUCUAUUUAAUCCUCUAGUCAUUUUCCGUUAACUAUCUUGUACAGUUUAAGUUUAUUUUAAUUUUUUUAAUGAAUAAAAUAUGUUGCCAUCAUUUCCAA